UGUGUUCUUAAAAGCGAUUUAAAGGAAGGCACAAACUCAGCCAGUCUUAUUUCCCCUGGCAGACUAUUCAAAAGUCAAAGCGCUCUGACGGAAAAGGCUCUGUCAACCCUUUAUUUCAGGCCUCAACUUUGGAACGACUGGACGGGACCUGCCCGAGGGCCUAAGACUGUGAGCUGGCUCAUAGGUGGUCAUGAUUUCUAAGAUGCAGCUGGGAGCUAGACCAUGACAAGAAACAUUGUAAUAUCGAUUCUAUAAUGCACAUAGAUGAUUUUGAAAGCAGGAUUGUACAGUUUUUUUAAGUGUGGGUCAAAUGAUAAAGUGGAGUGAAAGAUUUCAAGGUGUGUGUUGUUUGGCAGUUGCCCAAGUGUGGAUAAGUGAAGGAUGGAAGGGCUGGAAAUUGGGUGGACUCUCAGGUUUUGGUCUGUUUCGUCGGAGGACAUUUUGGGCCAUCCAACUGGUCACGUCGUCGUAAAGCGCACAAGACCAUUCUAGGUCCCCUUUAAGUUUAGAAAUGGUUGCAAGGACGACGCACGAGAGACAGAAAAUAUGAAGAUGGUGUCUCUGUCGUGUCGACGUUGUCCCGGACUGACUCCGUUUUACUGUUUUCUGAAGCGACUUCGAGCUCUUUCACUGGUUUAUAGGUGUUCCAGUGGAACUCCCACAGCCCACCGCCUCCACCCCCGGGGAGCGGCCCCGCUGCACCUCCUACUCCCGCGCGACGAGCGAGACUUCCAGCUCGAGCUCAGUGGCCGCUGCGCCGGGGGAUCACCGGGCCGCUCCGGGAUCCCUUGAUGUCUCCGAGCAGACCAAUGACUCAGGGGGUUUACUUUAUCCGGCCUGGAAUUGUGUGGGACAGGACUGAACUUGUUGUAAUAAGCGAAGGCGGUCCGAGGACGGUGACACUGACAGAUAUAACGUGACCGAAACUUCCCAACUGCACUCAUUCACCAUGGUCCACAUCCUCCUGCUCCUUCUAGCGUGUGUGUUCAGCAGCCCGGCGUGGAGCUCAGAGUCUGGACCCGGUCCUGUCAUCUCCACUGUGACCCACACAGACAGCGGGAAAGUUUUUACAACAAAAGGGAAAGAGUGUAAAUUUCCAUUUCGCCAAGGUGGAAGGAUUCAUCAUCAUUGCAUCAGUGAGCUCUUCCGCUCACCAUGGUGCUCGCUCACUUCUAACUUCGACCGCGACAGGAUGGGAGGAUACUGCGCAUCAAACGCCUCUGUCCACAUGGCUCGCAAAGUCAUCGACCUGUGUCAAGGGAGUCCUUGUCUUAAUGGAGGAAGCUGCACCAGCUACCCAGACUCUCAGACCUUUGCAUGCCAGUGUCCAGAUGGCUUCUCAGGCACGCUGUGUGACCGGAAGAGGUGCUAUGAAACCAUGCACCUGCGCCAUUAUGACACCGGAGAGUCAUGGGGACGGAUAAACCUGCGUAAUGUGGAACAUUGCACGUGCAAGGCCGGAGAUAUCAGUCAUCAGCAUAUCAGAACAGCCCCAACUGAUCAUUUGGAGGAAGAAAUCUUGCAGCCAGCGGAUGAUUGUAUAGUCAAGUGCAGAUCAAACCCAUGUCAGAAUGGAGGAUUGUGUCGACUGAUCACAAGCACCAGUACGGAAGUGUGCUACUGCAGACAAGGCUACAGUGGUCCGCACUGCAGUCUUGUUCCAGACACGGAGUGCUACUACAACCGGGGCAGAAAUUACAGAGGGGUGGUGAGCACCACACAGUCUGGCGCGAAGUGUCUGCCCUGGAACUCAGAAAUGCUGUAUGAUGAGCUGCACUUGGGCACUGUUCCAGCAGCCCCCCUCAGAGGCCUCGGGGAUCACGCCUACUGCAGGAAUCCAGAUGGAGACAAUAUGCCAUGGUGUUACACGCUGAGUGACGGCGCCAUCUCCUGGGAGUAUUGUGACAUUCCCCCUUGUAUCGUAGCCUCAUCUAGAAGAGUGAGCAUCAACGUCAUUCCCGGAGCGUAUAAACCAGUCCAAAAGCCUGUGUGUGGGACGGUGCACAAGAAGCGCUUGGCUGUGUCCCGAGGGAGAAUCUUGGGGGGAAGCUCGGCGCUGCCCGGCACUCACCCGUGGAUGGCAGCCAUUUACACCAGGGAUUUGUUUUCUUGUGCUGGAACUCUGAUUGCCUCCUGCUGGGUUGUUUCAGCUGCACAUUGCUUCUUUGACAACCCCUUUCCCAGUCAACUGCGUGUAGUUUUGGGCCAGCAGAACUUAAACGUCACCAAUUCCAACAGCAGAACGUUCAGGGUGGCUAAAUACAUCUUCCACAAGCGGUUUGUCGUCUUUGAUGCAUCACACCACGAUAUAGUCCUGAUCAAGCUGGAGAAGCAGGACGGCCGCUGUGUGAAGAAGACCCCCUUUAUCAGGCCCAUUUGUCUCCCGGACAAAAGCACAGUGUUUCCUGAUGGCUACUGCUGCACCAUCAGUGGCUGGGGAUCUAUGGACGAGAAGAGGAAGAGUUACACCACCCUGCAGGAGGCUGGAGUCCGACUGAUUUCACACGACACCUGCAGGAAACCAGAGGUCUAUGGACAUCAUGUGACCGAGGGGAUGAUCUGCGCUGGACUGAACGGCUGUGCUGACGCGUGUCAAGGCGACUCGGGGGGCCCUCUUGCCUGUGCUAGGAAUGAUGUCAGUUUCCUGUAUGGGAUCGUCAGCUGGGGAGAAGGCUGCGGCCACUCUGGGAAACCUGGUGUUUACACCAAAGUGACACACUACAUUGACUGGAUCAAUUCAGUCAUCAAACGCAAGCCUCAAAAGACUCGAUGACCUAAAUGUUUGUUUGUUUGAUUCACAGAUUGUUUGGGAUUUUGUAUGUGCUGCACAUAAAUACUGUUCUCACUGUGAAACCUGCAGGUAUUGAAUAAAAAUAAACCUGUGUAAUUCUCCCAGUCAAACGCCAGGAUCCUCAAGCCAGCAGGUGGCGGUGUGCC